AUGUCUCUGAGGUCUCGAGCUGCAUUGACCACGAUAACAACCACAGCGACAGCAUCCACCCGUCUCGGCAGUCUCACUUCGCAACUAUCCCUCCGCCAGAAUCCCUCAUUGCGCUCUAGUCUGUACCCCAUCGCCACCCGUACCAUGGCAUCCCUCCCAUCUACAAUGAAGGCGGUCUCAUUUUCGAAAACCGGCGGCCCCGAUGUCCUGGAAUAUACCGAGUCCCAGCCUCUGCCCAAACUCGAGCAGGGGCAGAUAUUGGUCAAGAACAACUUUGCCGGCGUCAAUUACAUCGACACCUACUUCCGCAGUGGCCUGUACCCCGCAUCCUAUCCCCUGAUCCCCGGUCAAGAAGCCGCUGGCACAGUCGCAAAGAUUCAAGGAGAUAAUCCAUUGGGAUUUAAAGAAGGAGAUCGUGUGGUUUGGAUAAAGCAAGGAGGUUAUGCCGAAUACACGGCAGUGCCCGCGGAUCGAGCAAUCAAGAUCCCAGAGGGUGUCUCGGAUGAAGAUGCGGUCGGGGGUUUCCUCAUGGGCAUGACUGCUCUCUCGCUCGUCAAGGAGGCAUACCCAGUGAAGAAAGGCGAAACGAUCCUGGUUCACGCCGCCGCAGGAGGCAUGGGGCUACUCCUCUGCCAAAUAUUGCGUGACAUGGGCUGUACCGUGAUCGGCACCGCUGGCGGGCCUGAGAAGUGUGCUCUAGCCAAGGAGAACGGUGCGACGCAUGUGAUCGACUACAAGGCCACAAGCGGGCCGAGUUGGGUCGAACAGGUGUUGAAAUUGACGAACGGCGAGGGUGUGGACUGCACGUUUGACGGAGUGGGCAAGGACACAUACGAAGGCAGUAUGGAAGUCGCAAAGAGAAAGAGUAAAGUCGUGUACUUUGGUAACGCAUCUGGCGCCAUUCCCCCCAUCAACAUCGCCCGCCUGACGGCCAAGAACCUCUCAAUCAUGCGCUCCACUCUAAUGAACUACAUCGUCACGCGCCAGGAACUCGAGUUCUACGCAGACGGCGUACUGGACCUGAUCAAGGCAGGGAAACUUAAAAUCAAAGUCCACAAGGUGUAUCCGCUCAGCGAGGCAAAGCAGGCACACAUAGACUUGGAGGGACGGAAGACAGUAGGGAAGUUAUUGUUGAAGUGUUAA